AUGCCUCCUCCCAGUCAGGUUCAGAAGUACGCAGUGAACUGCAGCUGGUUUCAGGAGACCUUUGGUGAGUGCCCCGAGGAUGCAGAUGAUGACACUGUUCGUCGAUAUGUCCGUGCGUACAUCAUGAUGUUGCUGGGCACGCAGCUGUUUGCGGACAAGUCUGGCAACCGGAUUCACAUUAGAUGGCUUCCAUAUGUAACGAGGCUGGAGGAGCUGGGUACGUACAGCUGGGGUUCGGCAGCACUGGCCUGGUUGUACCGGUGCAUGUGCAGGGUGGCAAACAGACAUGUUGUGAAGUUAGUGGGCCCGCUCCAGCUACUGCAGUCUUGGAUCUUUUGGCGGUUUCCUCAGUUUAGGCCUACAGGAUAUGAGGCGUUCAGCUGGCCGUUGGCGUCGAGAUGGGCAGGUUACAACCCUUCCGGUAGUGAGAAGGGUCCGAGAGUGCGGGCGUGGAGGCUUAGGAUAGACCGGUUACAGUCCAGGGAGGUGUUGCACCCGGAGGUUUUGGAGCCUCGGCACAUGGCGGUGUGGCGCUCUGUGACCGCGCUGAUCUACUUUGCUGUCAUAGAGUGGCAUCAGAUAGAUCGUGUUCUUCCUCAGUUUGGAGGGGUACAGGCCCCUCCGCGUCCCGCCUUGAACAUCGACUUUCUGAUGUCCAAGGACGGGAGAGGCGGCGAUCGAUGGUUCCCCUCUUCCAUGCCGAAGUGGCAUGCAUACUGGGAUGCUCGUUAG